CAUUGAACGUGAGGAGGAAGGUGAAAAAGUUGAAGAGGUGUGGUAUCCAUUAAAUGAGGAAGAACUUGAUGUGUUUUUGGGGAGGAAGAGGGUGACAUGGGGUGAAAACGAAGUUAGGGAAUUUAGAGAAUAUGAAACUAGAAGAGAGAAGUGGUGGAGAAAGUUGAAGGAAUAUAUGCAUGUAAAGUUGUAG